AUGCAGGCCUUGUCGACCUCGCCUGUCGGGUCCUCUGCCAACCACCACAAGGUCACACGAUUGCGGAGAGCAUGUGACAUGUGUAGCCAGCGCAAAGUCAAGUGUGACGAGAGCGGUCCGCCAUGCAAGCCCUGCGCCGAUCUCGAAGUCGAAUGCACCUUCCACCGCGCGAUGAAACGACGAGGACCUCCGAACAAACAUGCCGAGGCUGCGAAAGCCGCCAAGCGAGCCCGCGAGGGCGAAGGGCAGAGUCAGACAAUAACGCCAUCACCGGUCACCCAGCAUGCGCCGCCAGUGCUAUCCCCAGUCUUGCUGCAGGACGGCACGAAUGAGAUUCUCGAUGGGGAGCUAAUCGCUCCCUGGCCAGUCAUAGAGCUUCUCAUCGACGACUUCUUUACAUAUAUACACCCGCUGGUUCCAUUCCCACACGAGCCGACAUUUAGGCGAGCCUUUGCCGAUCGCAUGGACCGAGUGAACCGGGAAUUUCUGGCGUUGCUGUCGAGCAUGAUUGGUCUACUUGUCGCGUCCUUUCCUCGCAGUGCCCGGGCGCAUCUCAAGUCAACGCACAGCACGAACUUGUUCCCGACUUCCUUGACUAUGAUCGAGCGCUGCCGUCAUGUCGCGCUCGUCGCGCGAGGUUCUUCCUUCAUGGCCAAAACGGAAAUGUCGGUGGACGACGCAGCCACGAGCUACUUCCUCGGAGUCGCUGCUGCUUAUGCCCUGCAAAUACGACUGUGCAAGCGGUUCAUGGCUGAGACGAUGACUUUCUGUCGAGAAACCAUGAUGCACCGCUCAAAUGACGGCCUGGAUCUCGAUAGCCCGUCAGCGAGCAAGCCGAUAGACCAUAUUCAGGACCAGAUGAGCAAGCGCCUAUUCUGGGUGAUAGUGGCUGGCGUUCGGUCCAUGACACAGCUUGGCCAGUCCAUUAACGAGCUUCCACUUCCUCCGCCGACUGCGCAGGAGCCAUACCCAGACCAGCCGCUGGAGGUUGACGACGAAUAUAUAUAUGCUAGUCAUAUUUUGCCGCAGCCAGAGGGUGUAUUGCCCUUGGUCGCGGGGUUCAACAGGAACAUUCGCGUCUACACCACAAUGAACGAGCUUGUUGGCGUAGACAUGUGUUACGGCAUCAACUUCUUUGACUGGAGUGCCCAGAAGAACAUCUUGUUCAACGGUCUCGCUGCAGCUAAGGGAUCGACCGAAGACCUCCCACUGGAGCUCCAGGUGAGGAUUGAGGAAGGGCAGAUUCAGGACCCAUUGGGCUUCGACAGAUCUGACCUCCAGUACUACCCCCCAUCCUUUCCUCUGGCCCAGCCUGCCAAUGAUGUGCGGCAUGCCUUUUCACAGCAUCCCAUGCGCAGGCGCCAGCUGCAAUUCGAGAUCCAAAAGGCCAAUAUCUAUGCUUCACAGCUGGCCACGAGGUCGUACUUUGUUGAGCGUUACCUCAAUUUGCGAGAUGCUCACCGGUCACAGCUCAAUUUUGCCGAGACUGAGCAGAGUGACGACGAGAAAGACGACCGGGACUCGCAGGUCGCGCAGGAGCGCGAGCUCAUUGUGCAGAACCUGCUCACGGUGCUAGCAUCCAUCAACCAGCGCAACAUCGAGCCAAACGGCGGCUCGCUCGUCAACAAGAUCCGGCAGGUGGCGAGCACCCUGCUCAACGACGCGCCGGAGCGCAAGGGCGCCAUGGCGGUCAAGGUAGAGGACUACCUGGGGAGGUUUCUCGAGAUCCUGAUGAAGCUGGAAAAGACGGGCGCGCCGAGCUCGUCGGGGUCGAUGACACCGCAGGACGAGGAGCAGGAGCUGCAGCACUGGGCCAAUCUAAGGGACAUUCAACUCCAGUUUGCCGAAAGCGGUGGGUAUUAA